AGUGGUAUUAGCCCUUUAAAUCUCACGAACUGUGAUAAAAAAAAAUCAUGUUUAGCAAGACAAAAGCAACAUGAAAAUUGAGGCAUGAUAAUUUGGUUCAAAUCUCACAGACAUAGAAAUUUGUAAUUACAACAUCCACCCUAUAUAUUCUGACAUUUCAACGUUUUUCUUUUCUUAACCAAUUCUAUCUCUCUUCCUUUUCAUCAUUUUUCUCUUCCAUCUUCCAUCUAGGAAUGGCAAUGGGUCGGGUUGGGUCGAGUUUUGCUAAACCCAAAUCUAAACUCAUAGGUUUAUCCGUCAAAAAAAUUCGGGGUAAAAUCCAUUGGGUUUGGAAACUCAAACCCAACCCAACCCAACCCGCUGGGUAUCCGCGGGUUCAUGGGCACCCAUGGGUUUCUGUGGUAAAAAAUUUAUAACUACAAGUUCCUAUCAAAAUAAAAUUCAAACAUCAAUUUCCCCAUACAAAUUAAUUAUUCAUAAAUAAAACAUCAUUCUAGAAAAUUCAAACAUAUCACAAUUACACUCAAUAAAUUCACACAGAAUAAGUGUAGUAAGAGUUAGAUUGGAGAAAAUUAGAAUUAUGGUAGGGUUUGGGGAGAGUAGGACGACGAAAUAAGUGUGAGCGGGUAUCCAUGGAUCAGGUACCCCUAAACCCAAACCCAAUCCAAUCCAAUGAAUAAUGUACGGGUUUAAACCCAAACCCAACCCGAAACCCGUCAACGCGGGUUGAAUCGAGUAGAGUACCCGUGGAUUCGAGUUUUGUUGACAUCCCUACUUCCUUAUCUCACAAAGGGAGAGGAAAAUUGGUACACUUUAAAGUCCACAUUCUUAAAAUCCUAAACUAAACGUGGAACUUUAGCCAAUUUUCACUUGACAAUUAUCAUAGUAUAUAUAACGUGAGAAUUAAGGCUAAUUCCCACGUUUUCAUAUUUUCACAACCAAAAGAGGUGUUGACCCAAUAAAAUUAAGGUCCUACGACUAAUUUUGUUGAUUGAGUUGAUUUGGGCCUACUACGCAUUUUGCUGGGAAUAGAAUUACAAACAAAAUCAAACUUUAAAUUCCAAUGACAAACAAAUUCAACCUCUUAAGUAUAUAAAAUAAUUUUGUUUAACAAUCGAUCAUCCUAAUUAGGACUGGAAGUUUGGUACCGGUAUUUAGGAUAUACUGUAUACCAUAUCGAAUUUGUCUAUAUUUGGUAUUACCGAAUACACAUAUUAUUUUGCGGGAUUGGGAUUGGGAUUGAAUUUCAAUUGUUAUUCGGUAUUAGGGAUUACGGGAUUGGGAUCGGUAUAUACCGAAAUACUGAUCAAUACCGAAAUAUAAGCUAGUGUGUAUUUUAUCCUCUCAACUAGACUCUCUCAUUCAAUACUACGCGACCCUCAACCACCAAAAGUGUCUGUUUGAACCUAACUGAGUGUAGGAGUGAGGUUCACUAGAAUGGGUCGAGAAGAAUGAACGGCUCGGUUGAACAAGAACUUUGAGACAAAAUGAGAGGGAGGAUAGAGCUGAGAGAGAGAGAGAGAGAGUGUGUGUUUAGUGAGAGAAAGUAAUGAUCUUAGAGAUAGAGUCUGAAAAAUCCGAUCCCCUCACCCACCGGAGUAAAUGCCAUAUUUAUAGGCUACAUGGUGGUGGGUGAGUGGUUGGGUUACAAGUGGGUAUAAUGAUGUGACCACUGACAUGUCAGGGAUUUAGGCCAUACUUUUAGGACCCUGAUGUGACUACCCCUGACAUAGGCAGGACUAUACCUAGGACUAUACCUAGGACUAUGAUGGUGACGGCCUGUUGGAUGACGCGGCGCCGCUUCUACGGCUACUCGAUAAGGGCCCACGCCUGUGCAAUGCGCCGUCGUUUAGUGUUUACGCGCGCCUCCACGGGGGUGGUCUCUACCUGCGCGCUUGAUUCCGGCGCGACUCGCGCGCUCGACUCCGGUGUGACUCUCGCGCUUUGCCUUGGCGUGAGCAUCCUUGGUGCUUCCUCAGUGGGGUGAGAUCCGAGUCACAUGCCCAACAGUGUCAUUUAAUUAUACAUAGAUCAUUACAUCACUAUUUCACACUAGUAUUAGUCGUCUCUCAACCUCAAAUUCGUCAAAUUAAAGAUUACCAAUUACA